GGUCCCGGCGGGGCCGCGCCGAGUGGCGGGCGCUGCCACCCGGACCCGGGCCUCGGACCCUCCUUGGCCGCUUUGCUCCGAAUUCGGGUCAAACCCUGGGGAAACCGCGGCAGCCGAUGCUCGGUAGCGCGCUCGUCCUGUCCCGCCGCGGGUGGCCCGCGCCGUCUGGCAGGCUGGGGCACAGCAGGGACGGAGCCGGCUGCCCCCCACACGGGCGGGCCAGGGCUAAGCUCAGCCAGCCCCUCACGCCUCACAGCUGGGCUGAGCCGCAGCUGCCCCGCACGGAGCAGGAGUGGUACCCCCCGCUGUCGGGGCAGCCCUCAGGCUCCGUGUCCCGGCACCGCCCGCGGCCCCGGCCGGUCACAGCCGCUGGCACCGCCUGAGCACCGGCCUCCUCCGCAGCUCAGCCUCGCCCGCUGCCUGCCCCGGCUCCUGCUGCAGGUCCAAAGAGGGUAGAGGAGUACGGGUUAUAAUUAACAGAAUUAAAAAUAGACUUUGAAUAAACUGAACACCCGGAGAAGCUAGAAAUUUGUUGUGCAGCUGGCACAUUAGGAGGAAAGUGAGUGGUAUUAUUCAAACAAAGGUAAUCCAAGACACCGCAGCGCGGGAGCUUCGACUACCAGGAUGGCCUGGGACUCCUUGUGCAGCCAGGACUUACGGCGGCCCAGGAUAAGAAGUGCCUCAAGCUGGAUGCCUGGCAGUGGGAGCAGCGCUGGGACACCAUCCCUGGAGGAGCUGCGGCACCUGCUCUGCACACGCACACACCCCACAGGGCAUGUGGAUGAAGUCUGGCCAAACCUUUAUGUGGGAGACCUGUAUGUCGCUCGCGACAAGGCACAGCUGAGCCGCAUGGGCAUCUCCCACAUUGUGAAUGCUGCUGCCGGGAGAUUCCGCAUCAACACUGGGCCCAAGUUCUACAACGACUUGCCCGUGGAUUACUAUGGAGUAGAAGCAGAGGACAACCCAAACUUUGAUCUCAGCAUUCACUUCUAUCCAGUUGCUCAGUACAUCAGAGCAGCAUUGAAUUCCCCAAGAGGCAAAGUACUGGUUCACUGUGCAAUGGGAAUCAGUCGGUCUGCAACUCUUGUCCUCGCUUUCUUAAUGAUCUGUGAAGGUAUGUCUCUCGCCGCUGCAAUUCAGACCGUGCGCUCCCACAGAGGGAUCUGCCCCAACUCUGGCUUCCUCCAGCAGCUUUGGGAGUUGGACCUUCGGUUAGGAAGCGGCACAGGCAGAGGAGCAGAGGCCUGCUAGUGCCAAGAAGGUGUGUCUCCUGGCACCAGCCCAAGAGAUGCUGCCCUUACUGAAGAGUGCAAGGAUGCUGUCAGGACUGCUCUGUAGCUGCACAGAGAAAGUCUGGGGAAAGGCUGAGCAUGAGCAAACUGUUAGGAGCUGGUAGGCAUGUAUUUUUUGGAUAAGCCCACUAACUGGAAAGAAAAUGAAAUAAAGGAUUCAAACUGGCA